AUGAAGAGGGCAUCCAUCGACAUGCACAGGAAGGCGGUGGUCUGGAGCGGCAAGCACGUCGCCACGCCCAUCCGCCGACAGUCGCGCCAGCUAUCCAGGGCGUUCAACGCCGCCGCAUCGACGGCGAAGACAGAUUUUGUCCGCGCGGCCAACAACGGGGACGUCGCGACCACCAUAUCGCUCGAGGUUGUCCGGAGCCUGGCCCGAGAGGUCAAGGACGUUGUCAUGAUCCUCAAAUACAUCAAGGAGGUGGUGGCCCAGAUUCCUGCAUCCAGCAAGCACGCCAGUGUGAGCCUGCUGAAAAACCUGAAGGCUCAUGCCAACAUGAAGGCCCUGGGUAAGAAAUGCGAUUCCCAGGACGAGGAGCACGGAAAAGAGAAAGAGGAACAAUCAGGAGCGAAGGCUGACGACCCGCAAACAAGGCCGGAGCAUUCGAAAACGAGUGAAGCGCGUACGGAAGCGAGUGCGGAAGCUCCGCAAACGAACCUGGGCACGAGCUCGGACCGCUACACUACGGGUUCGAGCUGCUCUAUGGAGACCUCGAGCCACCUGGAAGAACUGGCUGCGCCUUUGAAGAAGGCAGAUGAUAGUUUGCGGAAGAGGAGACGCCUUGUCUUGAGGCACAAGCUUGAUCAUUUGAAGGAGAAGAGUGGUGGUUCUGUCAAGGGAAAUGCCGCGCUUUGA